AUGGCGUCUCUUCGUCAGUCAGCUUCGGUCGCUUCGGCCGUGUGCAAGCAGACUGCCACUCUCCGCCUGACCCCGUCCGUCGCUUCUGCGCAGACAUGUAACCGGGUUUCUUCAUUAUCUUCGUCAACACAGCAUGUCUCCUUUUCCCGCCUCCAAUCCUCACACCGUCCGACUUCAUCCCGAAUCUCUCUUUCCACUCACCAGACUCGCACGUUCCUGACGCAACUCCGCCGUGAAGCGCAAGCUCUCAAGGAACAACCCAUCUCACAUUCCGCACCCCUGCCCAAGCAGGGCAAGCAACCGAAGCCGGCUCUGUCUCUAAAUAAUCUUCCUUACUUCGUUCGCCGAACCGGCUCCAACCAGCUGCCUGUGUACCUCGUUACGAAAGCCGGUGGCACCAAGCAGCUCACUAAGAUCCAGAAGACCGAGGGCGAUUUGGAUGCGCUGCGUAGUGACUUGGCACUGACUCUGGGAGUUGACACCCGGAGCCCUGAUGUGUCGAUCAACCGUCUCAACGGUCACAUUGUCGUCAAGGGCUGGCGGAAACCCGAAAUCGUGAAGUUCCUCCAGGAGCGCAACUUUUAA